AUGACGAAUGGUGAGCGCGUCCGUUGUGGCAUGUCCUCGGAGCCUUUGUGUCAAUUCUUCAAAGCUGGCGAAGAAUCGAUUCAGCAUGUUUUAUGGGAUUGUCCGAGUGUACAAAAUUUCUGGAGUAUCACUUUUCCUACUGCUGUAAGCGCUGAUUUUUUAAUGCUGACUUCAACCAUUGGCUCCUCCAAAAUCUUGCCAGCAUGUGACCACCACAAGGAUUUCAAGUUCCUUGGUCUUCUCUUUUCGCUUCAAUCCCCUGGCAGCUUUGGAAGCGUCGAAACAAUGAGAUUUUCACUGAAGAUAGCCAGUCUUUCGAAAGCGCCUGAUGACUGGUUUUGCUUGAAUUGUGAUGGUAGCGUCAACCUCGUGUCUAAUCUGGGAUCUGCCGAGGGAGUUAUUAGAGACUCUUCGGGCCGCUGGAUUGAUGGUUUUAGUAAAAACAUUGGCUACUCUACGAACCUCCAAGCUGAGCUUUGGGGCUUAUAUGAAGGUCUCCGACUUGCCUGGAGUCAUGAUAUUGAUCGCUUGGAAAUUCAGACCGACAACGCCAAAGCUGCUAAAAUAAUCGACAUGGUUGAUGCUGCCAAUAGCCCCUUUCCGAUGGUGAGAGCCGUUGCUUCCUUUCGUGCUCGACCGUGGUAG